GCUGGUGUACGUUUGCCUCUCGUACGCGCGCGCCGAGUGGGUCCUUCGAAACUCGUAGAAACUUCGCGAUCGUGCACGCCGAUCCCAAUUUUCAUCGCGCCGAUAACGCGUGAUAACACAGUGACAGAGCGAAUCGGAGGAGAAUCAUCACGCGGUAACAGUGACAUGUGAACCAUUCCUCCGCGAUCAACACCUGAAGAUUCUUCUCGAAACGAAACAAAUUCGUGGAUGAUCGAAGCAGAGAAUGGUUGACCGGUGUCUCUAUGACUAAACAGAUCCAAAUGCGCUCGAUCGAGUCAACGAGCAAAGUGGCCGUCGUCAACUGACCAAAAAUGGAGAGGGAGGUUUCCGACACCGAGAGUAUCUUCUCGAAGAGACUGUCGAGCAACUGGGCAGAACUGCCGACAACCCUGAGAAAGAAGCCGAAGCAUCGACCGGAGAUCCUCUCGCAGUUCGUCGAUCCCUCGGAGAUCUCCGAGAACGAGUCCACCAGCAGGAAAAUCGAGCCGAAGCCGUUCAACAACGUUCAAAGGAUCGUGAGGAGGUCCGAGUUUCUGCGUAAGCUGGAAAAUGGCCGCGAAAAUGGGAAGAACCAAGUGGAUCAUCGAACGCGGGAGGGGAAGCUCGACGGGAAGAGAUCGUGCGAGUACUUGUUCCCUCGCGUGGACGAGGACUAUAGGAAGCAUUACGACGAUCACGACUCGAAGCUUCUCGGCCCUCGGAGGAAAAGCAUAGGGAAUCUCGGUGAUCAUAGGAAGUUGUUCGAUCACAAGAACUUCUCCGACGACGAUCGCAAGACCAACUCUCCGGACAGCUUGCUGGUGAAGUCCUCGGAGUCGGACUUGAGCAGCGACGAGUACGGGCAGACGGACGACUCCGGGGCGUUCUUAGAGAAGGCUUCCAACCGUGAAAAAGGGCCGAAGAACGAGCCGAGGAACAGGUUCAUUAAAUUUUUCGCGAAAGACGAGUGCAGGAGAAAGAAGAAGCUUCCGGAAGAGAAGAAGCUUCCGUCCCCGGAAUCCGGUCAUUUGGACGUGAACAAGAACAACGUGGAACAAGUGCCCCGAGGCGUGGAAUCGAUGAAGAAAGAAUGCCAUGCGAAAUGCCAGCAGAAGUUCGAGUACGAGAACAUACCGAGGAUCGACGUGUCCAAGCUGGAUCAGAAGCCCUACUUGAAUCCCACAGCCUCGACGAUUAACUCGAUGAUUAACACGAUUAACUGCGAUCGUCCACUCCAACCGACGAUCGAGCAGCUGAGGAUCGAGGAGGGUUGCUUGCUGAGAAACUCGAGGAACUCGAGUCCUUUGACUUUGCUUGGCCAAACAUUGAGAAACAACGAUUCUAGCAACGAGACGAAGCAUCGAGCUCAAUCUCCGGCGAAACAGAGUGAGAACGUCACCGAGGACGAAGUUCAGGUGAACGAACUGAUCCAGGAUUUCUACGACAGCGACCAGAUCGCCGGCAAAGUGAACGGGGAGCGCAAGGUCUCGAAAAUGGAGACGAUCACGGAAGAGAACGCGGACGGAAGCAAGCUGAGCGUCAGGGAGAUCCUGAAGAGAUUCGAGGAGCUGAGGACGCAGAACGAGACUCAGGUGGAGGAGAAGUCGAACGACAAGACCCUCACCACGAUACAAGAGACCUUGAAGAAACUCGACGAGAAGGUCAAGAGCUACCAGGUGGAUCAGAAGCCGCUGCACAAGUCGAAUCAUCACGAGAACCACGUGUCUCAGAUCACGAAAUCGAUCCAGUCGCAGGCGAAUCACAGCACGUCGAAUCACGUUCAAUCCCACGGCCAAGCUAAUCAUAUUAUCUCGAACCACGAGAACCACGUGUCCGCCGGUCGUGUGCCGAACCACGUGUCAGCGACGAACCAGACGAACCAUCAGAAAAACCAGCAGAACCAGCGGCUCAGCCCGAAUCAGGAAUGGCGGCAACCGGAAGACAACGGCAGAUUGCAAGAAGAUGGCAUCUACGAGAGCGGGCCGGUCGUCAACGACGGAAAACACUCUCUGCUGCAGUACGCCAUGCUCAACUUUAGACAAAGCACGGAGAAGUUUGAGAUGCUGAAGACAGCAGACGGAUCCAUCAGUGGAUCUCUUAAAGUGAUUGAAUCAUUGAAGAGUAAAAAGAAGAAUAAGAAGAACAAAGGUCAACAGGAUGGUGCGGAAUGGACUUGGAAGGAACAAGUGGAUCUUGUAAAAUAUUCUUCUGUGCCAAUAGAACAGAGUCUUUUGAGACUUGAUGGUGAUUUAAGUACCUUGGCAGUGGAAUGCUUUUUGUGUCUGAUGAGGUACAUGGGCGAUCAACCUUUGCCUCCAGAUACUAGCGAAGUAAAAUGUGUUUAUACCAUUCUGAUGCAUUGUCACAAGUAUGAACUACUUCGUGAUGAAGUUUACUGUCAAUUGAUGAAACAAACUACGAACAACAAGAGCCCAAAUCCAGACAGUUGCCAACGUGGUUGGAGAAUCUUCAGCAUUGUUGCCGCAUACUUCACUUGCAGCGAUGGUCUAAGGCCUUAUCUAACUAAAUACCUGGAAACUGCAGCUUAUGAUAAGAGAAGAGCUUACCAUGGAACAGCCACGGUAUGCUUGCAAAAUCUCAGGAAGACAGUUAAAUAUGGAGGAAGGAAAAACGUGCCAAGUGUGGAUGAAAUUAUGGCAAUUAGUGCGGGUAGGAAUGCGAAGAGACAGAUUUACAGACUACCAGGUGGAACGGAAAGAGUUAUCAACACCAAAUGUACAACUGUCGUGCAGGAUGUUAUCGAGGAAAUGUGCAAUAUAAUAUCCGUAAGAAAUCCUCAUGAAAUGGAUGAAUUUUCGUUGUAUUGUAUCGUCGAUGGUGAUGCGUUUACGAUGCCCUUAGCCAGAGAUGAAUAUGUACUAGAUGUAACUACAGAAUUGCAUAAGAAUCAUCAAGUCUUCUACUUAAUAUUCUGCAGAUCUGUAUGGUAUUAUCCUCUUCGACUGGAUGCUCCAUUGUAUAUAGAAGUUGUGUUCAAUCAAAUUGCCCCAGAUUAUUUGGAAGGUCUUCUUUUAGUUUUACCUGGUGAACAUUUACCUCAAGAAGUCAUAUACGAUAUGGCUCAAAUCGCGGCUCUUUUACAUAGGGCAGCAGACAUGACCCAUGAACCAACGACGAAAGAAAUUAAGUACUUAUUACCGAAACCAGUACUUAGUUUGAGAGAACCACGACCGCAACAAUGGUCAAAUAUGGUCCAGCAAGCAUGGAAUAACGUGCAACACAAUACAGUAGCUGCUUGUAAAGCACAAGUACUUGAGAUUUUAUGGAAGUGGCCAUUAUUUGGAUCUAGUUUCUUCGCCGUAAAAAGGGUGCCUGAAGGAAAAGAGAAGGGUGGUGAUCAUAUUUUGGCACUCAACAGGCAUGGAGUGCAUUUUAUUGAUUUAAUCACACACGAAACCCUAUAUCACUAUCCUUACUCCGAGGUAAUAUCCACGAGAAAAGUGAAAUCCGAGGAAGGCAUCCUUUACCUUGAUAUGAAAUGCGGUAACCUGAUGCAACAACGUAUCACGCGACUUCAGACUGAACAAGCCCACGAAAUUUCACGAUUAAUUAGACAAUAUAUUACCAUGGAACAAAGAGCCACUAAUGCUCAAGGUGCUGGCAUUGGGUUCGGCAUGAGAUAAAAUUCUCAAUCUGCAAGAGACGUGCAAUCUUUUGAUAUUGCUUAAUUGAAUAAGACACGAGUAGAUUGUAAAUAAAUAUUUAAGAAAAACGAUUUCGAAAUGAAGAAACAGAUAUCUCUAGGCAUCUUCGAAGGAAAUUUCAUCAAAGAAGAAGAAGUCCGAUAAUUGCUCAUGACGUUCCAACGUUUCGUAGAAUUGUCAAUAAAAUUAUUUUUAUUCUUUUCGUAUUUAUUUAUUCAAAGAGCAGAAGAUUUGGUUAAAACUUUGUAAGGAAACAAGCAAAUUGGUGUCUUUUGACUUGUAAAUAUGCCCAGUUGGAAACGAGAAAACAAAAUCAAGAAAAAUAUAGCUCACCUGGCGACAUUAUUAUAGAUGGAAUCGUUUCAACUAUUAAUCGUUUCAAAUCGUGACAAGGUAUUUUUCAUUUUCUUAGUCUAAAAAAUACCUUUUUAUACGACUGCACCAAAAAUAAGUCACAAACUCACACCUCGAGAGGAGAGUUCACGUUGAAUUGAACUAUAAACUGUAAACGAACAUUCCAACGUUCAAACCAUCGUUUAAUAAAAUAAUAAGACAAUUUAACUACACAACAGUUUUAAGAAUGAGAAUCGAUUUAUAUAUAUAUAUAUAUAUA